CAAAGAAAAUGGCGUGGCUUUUACCCACCUCUUUAUGUAUCUGCAUUGUCAUCAUCAAUGCUCAACUUACUGCUUUUUCUGGAGAUGAAUUAUGUGAUGAUUCCGAUAUCUGUACUUUAGUGUAUAGGGGUCCGGGAGUUUAUACUCCCACAAUGUACCACGAUAGAUACAUAAUUAGUGAACAGUUUGCAGAGACAGCUUCAUUCAACUUUUGUAACAAUAAAUCGAACUCAACGGAAAUUGAAUUACAAGAUUGGAUCAUAAAUUGUAGUCACAUUAUUUGCGGCUGUGUGAAAGUUGUCGGCAGUGAAAAAACAUGCUGCAGUACUGAUACAAAGUUGACCACAGUCACUGCUGACACCGCAAAACCUACAAAAACUUCACACGGUACUGGUACAAAGUCUACCGCUGUAGGUAUUGGUACAAAGUCUACCGCUGUAGGUACUGGUACAAAGUCUACCGCUGUAGGUACUGGUACAAAGUCUACCGCUGUAGGUACUGGUACAAAGUCUACCACCGUCACUGCUGGCACUACACAAACUACACACGGUACUGGUACAAAGUCUACCGCUGUAGGUACUGGUACAAAUUCUACCGCUGUAGGUACUGGUACAAAGUCUACCACCGUCACUGCUGGCACUACACAAACUACACACGGUACUGGUACAAAGUCUACCGCUGUAGGUACUGGUACAAAUUCUACCACCGUCACUGCUGGCACUACACAAACUACACAUGACAAGACCUUCAAUGAAGUGUUAUUGAAUGCCAUCAUCGGUACAGGAGUCACAGCUGGUACCAGUGUAUUCUUGAUGGUGUUAAUAUUAAUACUGUUUAGACGGAAAAUUAAAAAAAUAAAAUUUGGUAACGCCUCGUUCCUACUAAAUAGUACGGUUUCAACAAGAACAGAAAAUGACAUUGAAAAUGUGUCAGUUAUAGAGGAUGUAGCUGUUGUAACAAUUGAUCAGGAAAGAAACGUAGUUGCAGCUGUUGCGACAGUUGAAAAUGUGACAGUUGAUGAGGAUGUAGCUGUUGUGUCAAUUAAUGAGGAAGGAAACGUAGUUGCAGCGGUUGCAUCUGAUGAAGUUACUGCCGUUGUUGAAACUGAAACAAAACCAAUAAGUCAAAGAACAAGAUCAAAAAAACAAAAAUGAGUUAAUACCAUAUAUCAUUUGAAAUCAUUCAUCAUCAUUCAAUUAACAUAUCAAUAGUAACUAGAUUUAAUAAUUGCUGGAUCCUGAUUCAUCUAGGUGUUGUGUUUAUCAGUUGUACUUUAUCUACCAAUAUCUAUAAAAUGUUUGUGUACCAAUAUCUAUAAAAAUAUUUGAUAUAUUAUGUAUUGGAUGAACAGGAUCACAAAACGAAAUAAUAAAUAGAAUAGCAGACUGAUAAAGCUGAUAUUUAAUCUAAAUGUCUAACAACAUAUCUGAUAUUAAAUCUACAUCAUUUGAUUUCAAAUCAGUUUAUCAAUGGUAAUAUUUAAUAUUAUUGUCUGUGUCUUGGUACUUAUAGAACUGGUGUUGUGUUUAUCAGUGAAAUUCUACUGUGUAUUACAAUAUCAUAUCAUUUCAUGAUUAUUUUUUUUAAAACGUUAAUUAUGAAAAUGUAGCAAAAUUACCUUAUUUUUUAGUUCUGGGAUGUUCUUUUUUUUUUUUUAUGCUGCUUACUAACUGUAAAAUAAUUCAAUACUGUAAAACAUUGAUACAAUUUAUUAAUGUGUGGGCAUGCAUGUUGUAAAAUUAUAUACUAUAUCACAUAAAAUAACAUUUUUUAAAAUCAUUACAGACUAAUACAUGUAGAAUAACUUUGCUAUGUAAAAAUAUAGAAAAUGGUGGUUUUGUAUUAUUGUACAUGCUAUAAUUAAAUGUCAUCAAUUCUUCUAGUAACAUUAUGGCCUAUAUUUUAUAACACAAUAGGGUUGUUACAUUCCAAUAAAUAAUCUUUUAAACACAUUCCAAAAGUGAACUUGUGAAAACACUUACUGCUGUUCCAUUUUGUUAGGUUCAACCCUCACAGUUUGGUUGUCUAUUUGCUCCACGAUGAUGUAUGGUUCGGACACCUACAAAAUACAUAUUAUUUUUAACCUGUUUUAUUACUUGUGUUGUGUCUACUUUUAAUGUUGUUUUUAAUAUGUUGUAAGCUCCCCACUUUGUUGUGUAUAUCCCAAAUGUAUAUAUAUAAAAAAUAAAAAAAAUGUAAAGCUUCAUUGUACACCUAAUAUUUUUUUUAUGAUAAUCACUUAAAAUGGGAAGCAUUUAGGUUAAGCACAAAACUGGUUGUAUUAUUUUGUUCCUAUUGUUAGUUGUUGUUUUUUUUUUUCAUUAGUGUUAUUUCUGUUGUUAUACAUAUGCAUAGUUACAGUGUUAGUUCCAACUUGCUCUUGAUUUAAUCUUGUAUUCAUGUAUGAUCCAUUUAAUUUUUUUUUUUUUUAACUGAAAACUAAUUUUGAACUUCUAUUUUCAAUAUAACAUGUUGUUACAUACCGGAUAGACAUUUCGGGUUUUGUUCUUCUGGAUACUGCAAUAAAAUCACAUUUCAUGUAUUUUAUACUUGUGGAUGUAAAAAUAAUUAUCAUAGGUAUUUUUACUUUGAUAACCUUAUUUUAUACGGUUUAGUAUCUAUUCUGUUUUUAAUAUAAUCUCAUAUACUACUUCAUAUAUUUUGUAUGUCGUAUAUAUUCUACCUCAUAUAUCCCAUCAUAUAUCUUUUGCAUGUCAACAUUUUACCUCAUAACAUUGUCAUGUUCAUUUUACAUCCUUUACCGAUGUAAAUAUUUUUUCAUUAAUUCUAAAAUCAAUCACAUCCAUUUUUGUCAAUUUUCUAUCAAUAACAGUAUUAUUCGGUAUAAAAGGGUAUUUUUUAAAACAAAAGUUUAUUGUCACGUUAAUGUUUGUUAACUGUUUUUAAGUUUCAUUUAAGUUGUUGUAUUUAAAAAGAUGUUAUAUUUUCUAAAGGUAUCAUCCUUA